UCGGCUCGCCGUAGCCGCCCGGUGCUGGAGGUCGGGCAUGCUCAGCACCCGGACGAUGCCAAAUGCUCCUCUGGCGCCGAAAAGAGCUGGAUUAACAUGAAAUUACAACGACAUGUGGCACGCGUAAUUUAUUAAACCUUGCUUCCCCUAAAGCAAUAACCUACAAACUGAUAAAAGGCGCGAAGGAGAUACAAAGCAGGGCGGGAAAGGGUCCGUCCGGUUUGUCCUACAAAGGCGACCGAGCGGCUGACAGGAGGGCCUGGCCCGGGGAGCACCGAGGACGAGGACGACCUCCAGAGCGCUGCAUGAGGAGUAAAGAGCCCUCACACACGGACCAGACAUGAGGAAAGACGUGAGGAUCCUGCUGGUUGGAGAGCCCAAGGUGGGGAAGACAUCACUGAUUAUGUCUCUAGUCAGUGAGGAGUUUCCUGAUGAGGUUCCUUUAAGAGCUGAAGAGAUAACCAUCCCCGCUGAUGUCACCCCAGAGAGGGUGCCCACACACAUUGUGGACUACUCGGAAGCAGAACAGUCGGAAGAGCAACUUUAUCAAGAAAUCUCCAAGGCAAACGUUAUCUGCAUAGUUUAUUCAGUAAAUAACAAGAAGUCAAUUGAAAAGGUGACAAGCCAUUGGAUUCCCCUCAUAAAUGACAGAACGGAUAAAGAUAGCAGGGUACCAUUGAUUCUUGUGGGAAACAAGUCUGACCUGGUGGAGCACAGCAGCAUGGAGACCAUCCUACCAAUCAUGAAUCAAUACCAGGAUAUUGAGACCUGUGUAGAGUGCUCUGCUAAAAACCUGAAGAACAUCUCUGAGCUGUUCUACUACGCCCAGAAAGCCGUUCUCCACCCGACAGGACCUUUGUACUGCCCGGAGGAGAAGGAGUUGAAAGCUUCGUGCAUUAAGGCGUUAACAAGAAUAUUUAAAGUGUCGGACCUGGACAAUGAUGGGAUCCUUAAUGACAACGAGCUCAACUUCUUUCAGAGAACGUGUUUCAAUACGCCUCUGGCACCCCAAGCCUUAGAGGAUGUGAAGAACGUGGUCAGGAGGAACAUGACUGAUGGAGUUAAGAACAACGGACUCACUCUCAAAGGAUUCCUGUUCCUGCACACACUCUUCAUACAGCGAGGUCGACACGAGACCACAUGGACAGUGCUGAGGAGGUUCGGUUACGAUGACGACCUGGAGCUCACACAGGAAUACCUUUUCCCCAUGAUAAAGAUGCCGCCAGACUGCACCACAGAGCUCAACCACAACGCUUACCUCUUCCUUCAGAGUGUCUUUGACAAGCACGACAAAGACAGGGACUGUGCGCUGUCGCCGGAGGAGGUGAAGGACUUGUUCAAAGUGUUUCCCUACAUGCCAUGGGGCCCAGACGUCAACAACACGGUGUGCACUAACGACCAGGGAUGGAUCACAUACCAGGGAUACCUCUCCCAGUGGACGUUAACAACAUAUUUGGAUGUGCAGCGGAGUUUGGAGUAUUUAGGAUAUCUCGGCUACUCCAUCAUAUAUGAGCAGGAGUCCCAGGCUGCUGCUAUUACUGUGACCCGUAACAAGCGCAUUGAUCUACAGAAAAAACAGACCCAGCGCAGCGUCUUCCGCUGCAACGUGCUGGGAGCACGGGGCAGUGGGAAGAGCGGCUUCCUCCAAGCUUUCCUUGGCAGGAACCUGCAGCGACAACGGAGGGUCAGAGAAGACCACAAGUCCCUCUAUGCCAUCAGUACGACUUAUGUUUACGGACAGGAAAAGUACCUUCUGCUCCACGAGGUGAUGCCGGACUUUGACUUCCUUUCAGAGGAAGACCUGGCCUGUGACGUGGUCUGCCUGGUGUACGACAUCAACAGUCCCCGCUCUUUUGAGUACUGUGCUAAAGUGUACAAGCAAUAUUUCAUAGACAGCAAGACGCCGUGUGUGGUGAUUUCUGCCAAGUCAGACCUGCACGAAGUGCGGCAGCACUACAGCCUCUCACCGCACGAUUUCUGCCGUAAACACAAGCUCCACCCACCACAGCCAUUCACAUGCAACACGACCGACGCACCCGGCAAGGAAAUCUACACCAGACUCACCACCAUGGCCAUGUAUCCCCACGCCCGCCUCCGCUGCAUGUGUUCCUGCAACAGAUGCACUUAUUGCCUGUGUCAGAACCUCCUCAAGUUGGAGCUGCUGCGCAGUCUUAAAGCCCAACUCCGCAGGGUCGUUUACAACAGGCACAUGGCUCAGGCGGACCUGAAGAACUCCACCUUCUGGCUGCGAGCGAGUGUCGGUGCCACAGUGUUUGCCGUGUUGGGCUUCGCCAUGUACAGAGCUCUUCUCAAGCAGCGGUGAUGGGCCAGCACGAGAAGGCUUUUCUCCUCCUUGGUCCUCUCUGUUGACUGUAGCCCUUCCCUUCCCUACCUGAAUGACUCAAAGACUGACGAACCACAGACCAGGCCAGGCCUAUCGCCUCAAACCCCAUCGCCACAUCAUCCCUCUGUCACAAUGCAACAUGAGCAAGAAACAAACGCGUAAUGGGUGUAUUUUAUAUCAGAGUGUGGUUUCUAUGUAUGCUGUGGGGUAAGGGGCACUUGUCAAUCACUCAAUUUGCAGUUUGUAAAUGCAGACGAUCUGUGAUCUUUUGGUCUAGUCGGUCUGAAAUUAGUAGUUACUGGAUUACAUCAUCUGAUCCAGUCCUCUUUUCCUCAGGUUAGCACAAUUAGAUAUCUGAAGACCACCAAACAGAUAAACUUGAAUCUGUUUAUAGUUAUAUAAAUGCAGUAUAUUAUGUAUGUAUGUAUGUACUCAAGAAUUGUAGGACCUGUAGACAGCAUCACAUGGCAGAAGCAACACCAACAGCAGAAUUUAGGACAAACGCCACCUCAUUAACACUAGAAAGGUCAUGGAUGUCAUGCUUUUGUUUAAUUUGUGUGUUAAUUUAUUAACCCGGUUUCAUGUUCAUUUUUGAGUGCUCCGCAUGACAGAUUUUUCAUGUAUUUUUGUAUUUAGUAUUAUCAAUGCUACCUUCAUGGCUUAAGGUUUAUGAUUGAUUUUUAUUUUUCUGGUAAUCAAAUAAAGCUUUGCCCCUUCAUUAAAUUGUCAUGGUGGCUCCAUGGAGCAAGAGUCUGCGAUUAACAAAAGCUUUUCAGCACACCUCUCUGACCUUAAAAGUAUGAACGCGUUUCUUGUCAUUCUUCUUUUCCAACAUUUACAAUAAAGAAGUGUAUCAUCCGGCAAA